CGUACUUUUUUGCUCCUUUUUCAGCUGCCACCACGUCUUUUGCCAGCUUUUCUUGUUCUUGCCACAGGGGACUUCGGUCUCCCGUUCGCCAUUCGCCACACGCCAUUCGCCGUUCGCCGUUCGCCGUGUUGCAGGGCCUUCGGUGUAUAAAUGGAAGCGCGCCACCGUAUCGCAUUUCAGUCUACGUCGGACUUUCGCGCGCGCCACACAUGCUGCGUAUACGUAACGUUUGGCUACACUUCAGCAGCGUAGGUGGGCCUUUUUUUUAUCAGAGCAACACCACCGCCGCCGUGCGGCACUCUGGGAAGUGUGGUGUGCUCUGCUCUGCCACAGAGCUGAUCAUUUGGACACACGGCCACUCUUCUUCACGGACGCUCUUCGAUUUUUCCGCGAGAGCGCCGAAGAGAGAGCGCUGCCUGGCCGUGCUUCAGGGCCAUUGUGAACGGUUUUGUGGCCACAUUUGAAAAUGUAACGGUAUUUUUUUUCAUGUGAAAACGGAAGCAAAAGUUUUUGCUUAAAUAUUUGUGAUGUGAAAUGAACUAAGUCCAGAAAACAAUAACAAAACCAAAAGGAACUGGCUUAAGAAGUUCCAAAAAACCAACUUUCAAAUAAAUUCGAAUAUCAAGAGAAUAGUUUGAACCAUUCAGGAGUGGAUUUCACAUUGGAUAUUUGGACAAAAGAAAACUGCAAGUGUGGCGAAAAUUGAUUCCAACAUAAAUAAAAGGCAGCCAAGCGUGGACAAGGCAGACAAGGACGCAACAAAAGCAGCAACAAGGAUAAGCGGGGGGGAAGGAUUUCGGAGUGGCAGCGUAGUGUAGGUGGCCGAGCGAAAAUCAAUAAGAGACACAUGUAAGAGGACACCACAGCGACGACGUUGACCAGGCAAUAUGGAAACCACCGCAAACGGGAUGGGGCCGAGGACCACUAGCCCCUUGUUGUUGCUACGCGAUGGCAGCCAAUAGGUAGGAAACAUUCGAACUUUCGAACUUUCGUGAGGUUGAAGCUCAGAACAUGUCGGACCGAUACCAAGCCGGCUACUACGAUCACCACCAGCAUACUCAUUCUCAUUCUCAUCAUCCCCAUCCGCAUACGCACCCGCAUCCGCAUCCGUAUCCCCAUCAGACAGCCAUGUCGCACUAUCCACCGCAGCCGUACAGAUCGGGCUAUCCUGGCUACCAUCCCUAUCCCAGCGGCUACAGCUACGGAUCGGCCAGCUCUUCGUACAUGCCCAACUAUUAUCGCUAUGCCGCCUAUGCCUCGCCCCACUACAGCCAGCCGCACGCGCAUCCGCACCAGGGAAUGUUCACGCCUGCUGGCCAGCAGCUGAUCCCCUCCAGCGUGCUGCACUAUCCGCCCAGGUCGCAUCCCCAGGCCCAUCCCUACCAGCAGCAGCAGCAUCAACAGCAGCAUCCGCAGCAGCAUCCGCAGCAGCCACAGCAGCAUCAGCAGCAGUCCAGCUACGAGCAGCCGCCUCCCUCGCUGUACAGUUCUUCCGCCUCCAGUUCAGCCUACGGACAGACGAGAGGCUUUGGAGGCUAUACGGGACCCACGCCCCAUUACGCGCCGCCAGGACGGUCGACCACACCAGCACCCAAUCGAACAGUUCUGCCACCCAACUAUCUAGAGCCAAUCCGUGGCUACACAGAGCAGCAUCAGCACCAGCACCAGCACCAGCAACAACAGUUGCCGCUGUCUGCCACACCGAAGCUGGAGGAAUCGAUGCCCGUGGAGCUGGAGGUGGAGGCAGGCUCGCCAGCACAAAGGCUCACCACCUCGCCGCCCCUGAUCAGCGCCACGGGCACCGACAGCGGGAUCAGCAACUGCAGCACGCGGGCCAGGAGCGACAGCAGCCAGAGCACGCCCGUCUACAGCGGCGAGUAUCCGGUGAAUAUGUCCGUGGAGUCGGCCUCCUGUGUGCCCUACCACUGUCCCGCCGAGCACGAGGAGGAGCCACAGCACCAGCAGCAGCCGUCAAUGGAGUCGGAGCCGGAGCUGGAGGAGAGCAAAGUGACAAGUGUCAGGGAGGCCCAGUCCGGCUCCACUCCGCUCGAUAUUCCCGAUGACAUAAGCGCGACAGCGGCGCAGUCGGCGCAGUCGGCGUCGCCGCCAACACCGCUAGUGGCCAGCAUUGAUAAGGCGACUCCGACGCCCACAGCCGCCGCCGUGUCGGAAAUCAAUUUGGCGAAGCCACACAAGGAGACAGCAGGAGCAGGAGCAGGAGCAGGAGCCGAGGCACAGGCACAAGCACAGGCAGACACGGCAGCAGAAAGGACGUCUACAACGCCCCAGGAUGCAGGAGAGCAGGGCUCGCCUGGCAAUCCAAUCAGCGAGGAUGCAGUGGAAAUGCCAGAGCUAGGGCAGCAGCAACAGCAGCAGCAACAGGAACAUCCAUUGCCGCCAGCCACAGCGUCCAUCAACUGGAGUACUUCCCCGCGACGCUCGCGCACUCCGCCCGUGCCACAGAACUCGCCCGUGGGCUAUGGCCAGUCGGCCAGCGUCACGCCCGUGUUGGCUCCUCUGUUUCAGCAGCAGCAGACGCCGAGCAGCCAUAAGCGGCAGACAACGGCUGCCAAGAGCCGGAGCAUCAGCUGCAGCAACAGCAACAGCAACAGCAAUCGCAUCAUGGAAUGCGAUCUCAUUCCCAGCAAGAAAUCAAAACGAAGGACUGGCAAAAGGGAAGCCGGAGGAGAGGAACAGGCGGAGUCGGUGGAGUCCACAGUCAGAGAGCAGAUAAGGGACAUCAAGCCGUUGCCUGGUUUCCUGCAGGCCUUUGGCUCCACCGAAAUUGGUCGCUUCUCCGAGAGGUUCCUGCAGACCCCGGAGUCGCUGGUCGAGCGCCUGGCCGAGGAAUAUGCCGCAAGCAACAGCACUUUCUCCCCCUACACCACGGGGGGCUACUACGAGGCCCUCUCCACGCCUCCUCAAAGCUAUCAUCCCUACGAGGAGCAGCAGCACGCUGGCUACCAGGGGCACAUGCACAUGGCCCAUACACGGAACCGGGGAAUGCGCGGACACGGCGGCUUUGGCUAUGAAAUGCCGGACUACAUGGCGUAUGAGCGAUAUGCGGCCUACGGAGCGGGCAGGCCACGGCACCGAUAUGGGGAGAUACGCUGCAAUGGCUACUAAAUACACAUAAACAUACACAUACACAUACACAUAAACACAUGCAUAUAACAUACAUACACAUACAUAUGUAUGUAUGCUUGUAGAUCGAUAUAAGGGAGAGGAGUUUAGAUUAGAGUUAGUGUUGUUGUAGUCGUGCAAAAUCGUUGUCAUUCGAAAUUCUCUGUGUGUGCCUUUUUCGGUCAAAAUGCGACAAUGAUUAGCCGGGCCCCCACCCAGAAGAGUUUUUGUUGUUGGGUAGGGGGUGGGGGGUAGAAUAUCGGCAUAUUGAUUGCAGUCAAAAUUCAAGAAUAACCAGAAACCAGAAACCAAGAAGCCAAAAUAUUGUUAGCAAACCGUCUAUGUGUAAAUUAAUAAUCAAUUAGGUGCAUAAGUAGUUCAAUCUAUUUUAAAUCGAAACAGUUUUAAAUCGAAACUAAAAUCUUGUCCCACUGUACAUACAAAUGCAUUUCGUAUAUGUAAUAUGUAAUAUGUAAUAUGUAGACAUAAGCAAACUGAUAAUUCAGUCGGUCAAAGUUCUUUCGAGCAGUUAUUCAACUUUACAACAAAUCUACAAUAUAUACAGUGGACCGUUUCAAGAUUCAACAUUUAUCUUGGGCACAAAAUUCUUAAAGCGGUUCUUGGCCCAACAACAUGCAAAAAAAAAAAGAUUGAGAAUACAAUUAAUGUUAGUAAAAAAAAGAUGUGCCAUUGAAAAUCGAUCUUUAAUCAAAAACACCAUUAAUAUUUUAGGAUCUACGUUUAUGUACAAUACAAAUUCAUGUUUAGC